AUGCUGUCUCUCACCUCUCGCUCCUCANCUCCAUUCCAUUUCCGCCUACACAUCCAUUGCCUGCNNAUUCCCAGCCUCUUCAUCCGCCGCUUCUCUGUCAGUCACCGCCGCCAUGAAGCCAGCGCUGAACCAGACACCACCAUCCCUGCAAAACAUCAUGUACAGAAAAUGUAUCGCAACGAGGCUCGUAGACUCAGGUAUGCCAACGACCCCGAGUACCGCGCAAGGGUUUUGGCUAGUAACAGUGCUUGGAGAAAUGCCAACCCUGAGAAGUACGCAGGAACUCUCGCCCAAAGCUCUGUUUCGAGAAUUGCUCGAUACAAGUCUGACGUCCAAAUGCGCGAAACCGAAAAGGCUCGAGUGGCAGAAUACAAUGCGAGACAAGAUGCUAUUGCUCUUGAUAAAGCUAAGCGGCAGAGGAACCUGUGUAACACACAGAGAUACGCCAACGAUUUUGUCUUUAAGCAGCGGGUCAACCUCAGGGAAUGGCUAUUGCACGCCCGGNGGCUGACAUGGAGAACACACGAGGUUGAACUAAACUCAGACCGAGUGGUGCGUCUAUGUUCCGGGAAAGGCUGUGGCUACGUGAAGAAGGUAAGACUAUGGAUGAAACGCAAGGACUCCGACCCUGUUCUGUAUGAUUGCUUUAACUGCUUCACAUCCGACUGGGUUCCAGAGAAGGUCCUACCAAUUGGCUACGAGCAUCUGGUCUUUGGAUCAGGUCAGAAAAUGAAACCCCGCAGUGUUCCAACAGAGGAUGCCAAAACCAAGCCUCCUGGAGGCACAAGAACUACGAGCGGCCACAAUACCACAACUUCUGGGAAAGCACUGUGA